UUCAGGGUUUUCCUUGACGAAAUGAACUGUACACUGUUAGUUUUUGUCUUGAACAUUCUCUCGCUGGUGAUUGUCACAUCUGGCUCGACGUGCGAUCAACCAACCUCUCCUCAUGGCUCAGUCAUCAUUCAUCCCACUCAGCGAGAAAAGUACCAAAACGGCCAAGUUAUUCUCUUUGGCUGUAAACAGGGUUUUUAUCUGGAUGGAAUGCCAAUUAUAACAUGCAAUGGGAACAAAUGGACACAGACACAAUUCCGAUGUCUGGGGUUUUGUCCGGAGUUGCGUAACAUUUUAAAUGGUAAAGUAUCUCAUGUGACCCCACAAGUUGGCAAGGCUGCCAUAGGAUUUCGCUGUGAUAAUAACAGUUUCCAGCUGAUCGGUAGGACGAGGUUGGAAUGCAUAGAUGGACGAUGGAAUGGAAAGUUACCCUAUUGUCAUAAGUUGCCGUCGUGUGUUCGUCUGCAAAGUCCAGCUAACGGUACACUACAUGGUAGUGACAACAGCCAUAGUGCAGAAGCAAAAUUCACUUGUUUUACAGGCUUUGAUCUAUUUGGGGCUUCAACAUUAACAUGCAACAAGGGCGUUUGGAGUUCACGUGUUCCAACUUGUAAAGCUUACUGCACGAAGAUUAGGGAUCUGCCAAAUGGACACGUGUUUGGCACACGCUUCUCCCAUGGUCAAGUGGUUUCUUUCAAAUGCAAACAUGGUUAUGAGUUGGGUGGAGAUCGUAGCCUUCGUUGUAUUAACGGAAGAUGGAAUUCUUCUGUCCCGCAAUGUAAAGUUAUGCAGUGUGUAAAACCCUCCAUUCCAAGAAAUUCACGUAUCAUAUAUCCACGAACGAAUCAAGUGAGAUACACACACGGUACAACUAUUUAUCUGGCCUGUCAUGAAGGUCAUCUUUUGACGGGAUCGCCGAUUAUGGUGUGUAACUAUACCACGUGGCUGAAAAGAGAAUUCAGGUGCAUCGCCUCCUGUCCCAUCCUUGGACCAGUAAGGAACGGAGUCAUCACACAUGUAACACGGAAGGGUGGUGGUGAAGUGGAAAUAAAGUGCCAUGCAAAUUAUACGUUAUUCGGAUCCUCAAGAUUGAGCUGCAUAAAUGGAGAAUGGAGCAGCAGUAUUCCUUCGUGUAAAGCUCGUUGCAGAUUUUCGAGAAAACCUCGUGACGGUUAUGUUAUUAAAGGCCCACUGGUUAUAGGAGAAAUGAUUAAGCAUGGCGAAAAGAUCACUUACGACUGCUUCGCCUCUUACACCAUGGAGGGAAGUAGUACUCAGGAAUGUGACAAUGGUCGAUGGACAAAUGAUGUUCCUAAAUGCAAAGCUUCAUGUGUGCGUCCCCGGAGUAUACGCAACGGACGAGUAUCUGGUAGAGAUUUUGGCCAUGGAAAAACUGUUAGCUAUCGAUGCGAUGGCAAUUAUGCCCUUGAGGGGCGAAGCACAUUGACGUGCGACGAUGGAAGGUGGAACCCUAACCCACCAGUGUGCAGAGCAUCAUGCAAAGAUCCAGGAUCACCUGCUAAUGGCAAAAGACAGCAACAGGGCUUACGCCACAACUCUUGGGUAUCGUUUUCCUGUGAUAAAAAUUAUCAGCUUGAGGGCGAAAGACGGAUUCAGUGCAACGAUGGCACUUGGAGAGACAAUCUCCCGAAAUGCGUUGCCGUGUGUCCAGAUCCCGGUCAUCUAACUAACGGCAUACGCCGUGGCAAAAAUUUCAAGAAUGGUAGUACAGUCACUUUUAAGUGCAACGCAAACCACGACUUAAUGUAA